UGUGUAUGUAUACCACAAGUUUGGUCCUGUGAUGGUGAUCAAGAUUGUAAAGAUGGUAGUGAUGAAGCUAGAUGUGUGACACCUAGAACGUGUUCUAGUGGAGAGUUUAUGUGUAAUAAUAAUAGAUGUAUUAAAAAUGAUUGGUUAUGUGACAGUGAUAAUGAUUGUGGUGAUGACAGUGAUGAAUUUGGAUGUCCACCAAGAAAGUGUACACCUGAUGAAUUAAAAUGUAAUAAUAAUAAAUGUGUAGCUAAAGAAUGGCAGUGUGAUGGUGAUGAUGAUUGUGGUGAUGGUACAGAUGAGAUUUGUCCUCAUAGACCAUGUGAUAAGAAUGAGUUUGAGUGUGAUAAUGGGUUGUGUAUAAUGUCAGAAUGGGUUUGUGAUAAAGAUCCUGACUGUGGAGAUUUUAGUGAUGAAAAGAAUUGUGACAAGAAUCGUAUGGCAUGUCGAAAGAAUGAAUUUCGAUGUAGUAAAAAUGGUUUAUGUUUAAAGAAUAGAUAUAAAUGUGAUAGUGUCAAUGAUUGUGGAGAUUGGGAAGAUGAAAUAGACUGCGGUUCUAAUCUAUGUCAUGAUGGAGAAUUUAACUGUACAUCUGGUGUGUGUAUUAAUAAAAAAUGGCGGUGUGAUGGUGAUUUUGAUUGUGAAGAUGGAUCUGAUGAAGAAGGAUGUGAUGUAAAGAAGGGAUGUAAGAAGGGAGAGUUUGAAUGUUCUACCGGUGUAUGUAUACCAGAUACAUGGAGAUGUGACGGUACUGAUGAUUGUACUGAUAAUACUGAUGAAGUUGACUGCAAAAAGAAAGAAUGUCCUAAAGGUCAAUUUCUAUGUGAUGAUGGUAAAUGUAUUGGUAGACAGAAAGUGUGUAAUGGUAAACCAGAAUGUCUAGAUGGUUCUGAUGAGAAACUCUGUAAUUUACCAGCAUCUUGUGAUAAAGUAAAUGGUGGAUGUCAACAUCACUGUACAGAAUCACCUAUUGGUGCUAUCUGUACUUGUCAAUUAGGUUACCAGUUACAGGAUGAUGGCCGCUCUUGUAAAGAUGUUGAUGAAUGUGAGUUUGAUUCAUCAUGUAGUCAGAAAUGUUAUAAUACAAUAGGUACCUUUAAAUGUGAAUGUGUUAAAGGCUAUGUAUUAAAACAGGAUGGUAGGAGUUGUAAAGCUUUAGGAGGUGAAGCGUAUUUGAUAUUCGCUAAUCGUGUGGAUAUCAGACGUGUUACAACUGACCAAUCAGAAUACACCUCAAUAUUGAAAGGUUUACGUGAUGCUAUAGCUUUAGAUUUCCAUCAUGAGAAAGGUUUAGUAUUUUGGUCAGAUGUUACUCUUGACACUAUUAAAAGAGCUUAUUUAAAUGGUAGUGAAGUCAUUGAAAUUAUCCAUGGUGGCUUAGAUAACCCUGGAGGACUAGCUGUAGAUUGGAUACAUGAUAAGUUAUUUUGGACUGAUGCUGGUACAUCACGUAUUGAGGUAGCUAAUUUAGAUGGUGGUUACCGUAAAGUACUAUAUUGGACAGAUCUGGAAAAACCUCGAGCUAUUGCAGCUUAUCCACAUAAAGGAUGGAUAUUUUGGACUGAUUGGGGUACUGUACCUAAGAUAGAGAGAGGUUCAAUGGAUGGUAGCAGGAGAUUAGCUAUAGCCAACACCUCUCUCUUCUGGCCAAAUGGUUUAACUAUGGAUUAUGCUGCAGAAAGAAUAUACUGGGCAGACGCCAAACAUCAUGUGAUAGAAUGUGCUGACUUAGAUGGUUCACAUAGACGAACUGUCAUUAAUCAAGGUUUACCACACCCAUUUGCUCUGACCCUAUUUGAAGAUGAGCUAUAUUGGACUGAUUGGCAUACCAAGAGUAUCAAUAAAGCUAAUAAAUUUAAUGGUAAUAAUAUAGAAACAGUAAGAAAUAGACUACAUUUUCCUAUGGAUAUACACACAUUUCAUCCACAACGUCAACCUCCAGCUGAUAACCAUUGUGGUUUGGAUAAUGGUGGUUGCAGCCAUCUUUGUUUACCAAAUGAAAGACAUUAUAGUUGUGCCUGUCCAACUGGUUUACAUUUGACUGAUAAUGAUAAAAUAUGUACAUCUAAAAUCAACACGUUCUUGUUAUUUUCAACUCAAACUGAUAUUAGACGUGUUACAUUAGAGACUCCUGAUUUAACAGAUGUAGUGAUACCAUUAUCUGAUGUAGCUAGAUCUAUAGGUGUAGAAUGGGACAGUGAAUCAGACCAUAUCUACUGGACUGAUGUUAUAACUGAUGUUAUUGGUCGUGCUAAAUGGGAUGGUUCAGAACAGGAGAUUGUAAUAGGUAGCAGUUUAGAGACACCAGCUGGUCUGGCUCUAGAUUGGGCAAAUCAUAAACUAUACUGGACAGAUGCCGAGAAUGAUAGAAUAGAAGUAGCUAAUUUAGAUGGCAAAAUGAGAACAGUUCUAUUAUGGAAAGAUUUUGAUCAACCAAGAGAUAUAGUGGUGGAUCCAAUGACAGGAUAUAUGUUCUGGACAGAUUGGGGUAAAAUGCCGAAGAUAGAGAGAGCUGGUAUGGAUGGUAGUGAAAGAAUGAUCUUAUUCCAUGAAAAUAUUACCUGGCCUAAUGGACUAGCUAUAGACUUUGAUGAAGAAAGACUGUAUUGGACUGAUGCUCAUAUGAAAACUAUAGAAUCCAGUACAUUGGAAGGCAAAGACAGAAGAUAUGUGAUUGAACUAGGGUUAGAUCAUCCAUUCGGUCUAGCUUUAUAUGGUGAAUUAAUGUACUGGACAGACUGGACUACAGAAAGUAUACAUUAUGCCAAUAAAAAGACUGGAAGAAAUCGUGGCGUCUUAUUAUCAGAUCUGGGUAAUCUAAUGGAUAUACAUGUUUAUCAUCAAGGUAGACAAGAAGUUGCCACUACUUGUAGUAAUAAAAAUGGAGGUUGUAGUGAUGUAUGUUUAGUAGCACCUUUACCAACCAGUCACACCUGUACAUGUCCUACUGGUAUAUUGCUCAAAUCUGAUAAUAAAACAUGUGAAACAGAAAUGAAACAUUUCCUGUUAUUUACAAGAAGGACUGAUAUAAGAAAGAUCUCACUGGAUGUUCCGUACUAUGCAGACACAGUUGUACCAGUGGGGGAAUUGAUGAAUACAAUAGCUAUUGAUGUAGACAAAGCUGAAGGUAAAAUGUAUUGGACAGAUACAGUAGCUGAUACAAUAUGUAGAUCUAAUCUAGAUGGUAGCCAAAGAGAGAUUGUCAUAGAGAAAGGCUUAAGAACUGCUGAUGGACUAGCUGUGGAUUCUGUUGGUAGAAAAGUUUACUGGACUGAUGCUGGCCAUAAAACUAUUGAAGUAGCCACCUUAGAGGGUAAAAUGAGAAAAGUUUUAAUUUGGAAAGGAAUACAGAAACCGCGUGCCAUAGCAUUGCAUUAUGAAAAAGGGUAUUUAUUUUGGACUGAUUGGGGAGAUAAACCGUCUAUAUGGAGGGCUGAUAUGGAUGGUGAAAACAGUAAAACAUUGAUAAAAGAUCAACUUGUAUGGCCGAAUGGUUUAGCUGUAGAUUAUACUACUGAUAAAAUCAUCUGGUGUGAUGCCAAGACAGAGGUAGUAGAAUGUUCAGAUUUUAGCGGUCACUAUAGACGUGUUUUGGUUGCUAAGGUGGCUCACCCGUAUGGUUUAGCUGUGUCUGGUAACUGGAUAUACUGGACUGAUUGGAGAGCUACGUCAAUAAACAGAGCUAAUAAACAUACUGGUAAAAAUAUUACAGUUAUUCGUGGUAAUUUACACGGUGUAAUGGAUGUCCAUGCUGUAGAUAUGGAAUUAAUAGAAACAUUUGUGAAUAAAUGUGGUCGAAAUAAUGGUGGUUGUAGCCAUCUGUGUCUACCUAAACCUAAUGGUUACUCCUGUGCCUGCCCCUCCGGUGUUAUUUUAUUACCUGAUAAAAAAACCUGUCAAAACAUGCCUACAAAGUAUUUAUUAUUUGCUAGUAGAUCUAAUAUACAUUAUAUUUCACUGGAUACAGAUGACCGAUCUGAUGUUUAUUUACCGAUUACUGACUUACAUAAUGUAGUGGCUCUAGACUAUGACUAUACCAAUAAAAAAAUAUAUUAUACUGAUGUUUUUCUUGAUGUUAUAAGAAGAUGUGAUUUGAAUGGAAGUAAUGUAGAAACAGUUAUAGAGAAUAAAUUGUCCACAACAGACGGACUGGCUGUAGAUUGGAUUAGUCAGAACUUAUAUUGGACAGAUACUGGUAGAGAUGUUAUAGAUGUCUCUAGGACAGAUGGUACAUCACGUAAAACAUUAAUCUCUACUGGUCUAGAUGAACCUCGAGCUAUUGCUCUCUUUCCUAAGAAAGGAUUAAUGUUCUGGACAGAUUGGGGUGUUAAUGCUAAAAUAGAGAAAGCUUAUUUAGAUGGUUCAUCAAGAAGAACUAUAAUAGAUGAAAAUUUGGGAUUUCCUAAUGGAUUGUCUAUAGAUUAUGAAGAUAAAAGGUUGUAUUGGGUUGAUGCCAAAUUAGAUAAAAUUGAAACCUCAGAUUUAAAUGGUAGGAAUAGAGUGACAUUGUUGCAUAAUAUACCACAUCCUUUUGGCCUUACAGUGUUUGGAGAUUAUAUUUAUUGGACAGACUGGGUGACAGAGUCUAUAGAUAGAGCGAAUAAAAGGACUGGAUUAAACAGGAAAAUAGUGAAAGAGAAACUGGAAGGUCCUAUGGAUCUACAUUUUGUCUCUCCUGAUAGACAGAUAGGUACCAACCCAUGUAGUGAAAAGAAUGGUGGAUGUACACAUCUGUGUCUAGCUUUACCUAAUACAUAUGUUUGUGAAUGUCCAAACCAACCUGAUCACAGAGCCUGUCUCAAAAUUCCAUUAAAAGAUGGUCUUCCAGACGAUAUAUCAAAUAUAGAUGGUCAAUAUAAUAUUUGCAAUGAGGAAAACAGAAAAAAUGGCAAAUGUACAGAACCAAAUCAAUCUAGAGAUAAGUCCAAAGUACAUGGUGCUUAUAUAGCUUUGAUGGUUAUAACUAUAUUAGUUUUAAUAGGUUUCCUUAUUUUCUUCAUUAUCUGGAAACGACAAAGAAGAAGAAGAUACAAUAUGGAUGAUUUUACAUCCUAUGCUAACCCUACUUACCAAAAAACCAGUACAGAAACUAUUAAUUCUGAUACUAGAUCAGUUAGAGGCUGGAGUCUCUUUCAUUAUCGUAAAAAUGAGGAAAGAAUUCGCAUGAUGCCACCAAAUAACAGUAGCACCAAUCAUCCUGAAACCACUGCCUUAGUUCAUCAGAUGGAAUUUCAUUCGCCAUCACCUUCACCUCAAAUAAAUCAUCACCAUCAUCGGGAUGUGACUAAAAAUAUAUACAAAAACAAUCCUCCAUAUACAGAUAUGUUACCAAAUAUCUCCUACCACCCUGUGGACACCUGAAAUGCCUUCAUUUUCUUUCUUGUGAAAAAGUAUCUUGCCUAAAUGAAGAGUUCCGGUUGUGAGGUAGAAAAGUACAGAACAUUGUUGUUUGCAUCCUUUUUUUAUCACAUUGAUGAGAUGAAAGGAAUAUUUGGUUUUGGAUCACAAUUCCUGUUAGUUAAAU